AAUCAUGGAUUACGCAAGCAGCAACAUCAUGUAAAAAGUAUCAGAUCAACGUAUGCCCAGCCAAUUGUCCAUUCAAUCAUACCAAAGGCCAGCAAUCCCUGGGAUUGCACUUCUCAUUCAGAAACAAGUACCUGAGACGUCAAGCCCUAGGCCUACACAGAGGUAACAUAAGAUUCCUUGAGGACUUAUUAGUAUUUAGAACAAGCAACAAACUGUCCUGGCAUGAAUUCAACACACACUUCCGACCAACUCCAAAAGGACCUAUUCCCAGUUG